AUGGUGCUCGGCAGGUACGUGUGCUCGCGGCUGCGCAACAGAUCACCUCCCACAGAGACCUCCUUUGACGCCUUCCUUCGCCCUGGAGCAAAGGCAGUAAAGGCGCAACAGGCCGGGCCGGGCCCAGAGCAGAAGCCCGUAACGGUGCUGUACGGCACGGAGUAUGGGUUCAGCAAGGAGAUUGCCGAAAAGCUGGUGGGGAAGCUGAAGGAAGGAGGCUGCCUAUGCAGGCCGAGGCUGCUGGACAUGGCAGAGCACCCAGAAGGAUACCCGCUGGAUGCUGAGCAGGCGCUGCUUGUUGUCUGCUCCACACAGGGUGACGGCGUACCUCCCAGCGAGGCAAGGGAGUUUUGCGAUUGGCUGGCGGGGGCGUCGGCGGCAAAAGUGGCCGGCCUGAACUUCUCAGUCUGCGCCCUGGGCGACACGUCGUACACGCAUUUCUGCGCAUGCGGAAAAGCAGUGGACGCCAGGCUAGAGCAGCUGGGCGGCCAGCGCUGCGCGCCGCGGGCGGACAUCAACCGAGAGGACUGGAAGGCCGUCGAUGCCUGGAUUGAGGCCGCUGUGCGCAGCCUCUCCGAGCUGCCCCUCAAAACGCUCGCGCAGUCUGCAGGUGGGCAGGCCGCAGGGGCGCAGCAGCAGAGCGCGCCAAAACAGAAGCGCUGGGGAAAGUCGCGCCCGUUCUACGGGCGAGUGGUGGCGAUCGAGGGGCUGUGCCAGAUCAGCAGCAGCGAUGACAAAGACACCAUCCGAGUCGAGGUGGACCUGGGUGACUCAGCGCUUACAUACACCCCUGGCGAUGCCCUGGGCAUUCUGCCCACUAACUGCCCUCAGGGGGUGGAUGAGCUGAUUGAAGCACUGGGAGCAGCCAGGGACACUGAAGUGCCAGUCCCUUCAUGGCACUACGAGGAGGCGCCGGCCAGGACUGGAAGCACCAUGCCUCUGCAUGAGGCGCUGUCCAAGUGCUAUGACCUCAGGUCACCAAAGCCAGAACUGCUGAAUGUGCUGCUAAGCAGCAUUGGAAGCUUGACCCCGUCACAUGUAGAAAACGGUCUCCAAAACGGCGUUGCACAUGCAAACGGAACCGUGACUAAGGCCGCAGGAUCAGGAUUGCCAAAUGGCAAGCUUGGAGAGAAAUUGAGAAAACUGCUAGCAUCGGGAGAAGCCAGCAGUGAGGCCUAUUUUGAGCCGAGGCAUGUCACCGACGUGCUGCAGGACUUCAGUGCAGCCAAGCCUGACCUUCUGAAGGUGCUGGCAGCGCUGCGGCCGCUGCUGCCGCGGCUGUACUCGAUCUCUUCGUCGAUGCUGGAGAGGGAACGCAGCGUGCAGGUCACGGUGGCGACUGUGCGGUAUGAGAGCCUGGGGCGCCCGCGCAUCGGCGUUACCUCCACCCUCCUGGCCGAGCGCCUCAAGGUCGGUGAUGUCAUCCCGGUGUACAUCCACAAGAACCCAGAUUUCAGACUGCCCGCGGACGCUGCCCGCCCCAUCAUCAUGGUCGGGCCAGGCACCGGCCUCGCCCCCUUCAGGGCCUUUAUGCAGGAGCGUUUACUGGGCAGAGCGGAAGGCACCGAGCUGGGAGAUGCAGUGUUGUACUUCGGCUGCCGCCGCUCUGACCAGGACUACUUGUACGGGGAUCUGCUGGAGCAAUGGGCCGCCACUGGCGCCCUUACGCUGUUCACUGCAUUCUCCCGGCAGCAGGCGCACAAGGUGUAUGUUCAGGACAGGCUACGCGAGAGCGGCCAGAUCGUGUGGCGGCUUCUGGAGGCUGGGGGGCACUUCUAUGUCUGCGGUGAUGCUGCGCACAUGGCAGGCGCUGUAGAGGAAGCUCUCCUGUCCAUCAUCGAGGCAGAGCAGGGCAAGGGGCCUGAAGCAGCGCGUGCCUACCUGGCAGACCUGACAGCUCAGCAGCGCUACCAGCGGGACAUCUGGUAUUGA